GAGAUUCCGUUUAAGCAAGCAAAUAUAGUAUGGUUACAGAAGUCUAUCUAUCGCAUAUAUGCUUCAAGGGGCAUCAUGGGAUAACCAUCGAGGUGAGUAGGGACCUAAAGGAUCGAAUAGAACGAUAUAUAGACAAGUAAAUCCCUUACGAGUCCCAAAGUAUUCUUUUAAGGGGAUUCAUCAUUUGACGGGAAGUAGACUACUCAAAAAUCCUACAUUUUUAUUUUGUCAUAAGUAAUUCGGAAAAUGAAAGUAAAAAAAGAAGAAUGAAUCGUUGGUCCUUAGUGGGAACUUGAGUAAGGAGUAGUUCUUUGUUUGUAGGGUUUUUCGAACAAACUUUUUAAAUAAGAAAGAAUCCCCUUUUUGAGGUAACUACUUGAGCCGGAUGAAAGGAAACCUUCACGUCCGAUUUUAAAAGGGGGAAUCCAAUCCUACAGGAACCUAUCUCGAUUUUUCUUUUGCUAGGCCCAUAGCGAAAAAACCUACUUUCUUACGAUUACGAGGUUUAUUCGAAUAUGAAAUCCAAUCUCGGAAAUACAGCAUACCACUUUUUUUUACUACCCAAGGCUUCGAGACAUUUCGAAAUCGAGAAAUCUCUACAGGAGCAGGUGCUAUCAGAGAACAAUUAGCCGAUUCAGAUUUGCGAAUUAUUACGGGUAAUUCAUUAGUAGAAUGGAAGGAAUUAGGGGAGGAGGGGUCCACUGGAAAUGAAUGGGAAGAUAGAAAAAUUAGAAGAAGAAAGGAUUUUUUGGUUAGACGCAUGGAAUUAGCUAAACAUUUUAUUCGAACAAAUGUAGAACCAGAAUGGAUGGUUUUGUGCUUAUUACCAGUUCUUCCUCCCGAGUUGAGACCAAUCAUUCAGAUAGAUGGGGGUAAACUAAUGAGUUCGGAUAUUAAUGAACUCUAUAGACGAGUUAUCUAUCGGAAUAAUACUCUUACCGAUCUAUUAGCAACAAGUAGAUCUACGCCAGGGGAAUUAGUAAUGUGUCAGGAGAAAUUGGUACAAGAGGCCGUGGAUACACUUCUUGAUAAUGGGAUCCGUGGACAACCAAUGAGGGAUGGUCAUAAUAAAGUUUACAAGUCAUUUUCAGAUGUAAUUGAAGGCAAAGAGGGAAGAUUUCGUGAGACUCUGCUUGGUAAACGUGUCGAUUAUUCGGGACGUUCCGUCAUUGUCGUGGGUCCUUCGCUUUCAUUACAUCAGUGUGGAUUACCUCGAGAAAUAGCAAUAGAGCUUUUCCAAACAUUUGUAAUUCGUGGUCUAAUCAGACAACAUGUUGCUUCUAACAUAGGAAUUGCUAAAAGUAAAAUUCGGGAAAAAGAACCCAUUGUAUGGGAAAUACUUCAAGAAGUUAUGCGGGGGCAUCCUGUAUUAUUGAAUAGAGCACCCACCCUGCACAGAUUAGGCAUACAGGCGUUCCAACCCUUUUUAGUGGAGGGACGCGCUAUUUGUUUACAUCCAUUAGUUUGUAAGGGUUUCAAUGCAGACUUUGAUGGGGAUCAAAUGGCUGUUCAUGUACCUUUAUCUUUGGAAGCUCAAGCGGAGGCUCGUUUACUUAUGUUUUCUCAUAUGAAUCUCUUGUCUCCAGCUAUUGGGGAUCCUAUUUCCGUACCAACUCAAGAUAUGCUUAUCGGACUCUAUUUAUUAACGAUCGGGAAUCGUCGAGGUAUUUGUGCAAA